UUUUACAUUUCCCAGCAAUAUACUUAAAAAUAAAAUAUAUAACUGCAAUCACGAACGUUGCUGACAAUUUCGCGGAGGGAUCUAUACGCGGUCUCUGGCUCUGGUGUGGAGGGGGAUUUGAAUCGCCUUCUGCUCUUUCUUAAAAAAAUUUUUAUAUUGUUAUAAACGUCCGUUAAGACACUUGUGUUCUUUUUAUAGCAUAAAAGACCCGAAUGUUCUUUUAUAUAUUUUUUAACGAGAGACAACCAAAGAAUCUAAAUCCACAAGAUGGCUACAGCAGAGAUCAGCACUGUCUCCUGUGAGGGUGAUCAGGAGGGAGCUGCGUCGCCUCCCCCAGUAGAGGACAUCCCCUCAGUUUUAAAUCAAACCUCAGCCCCCCUGAAUUUUUCUGAGCUCACCCCGAGUCAGUUUGGCAUCUCUGUGCAGAGUUUUACCCCAGCAGCAUCAUCAAAUCGCAAAGAUAAGUCUCGUCUAGCACAGCUGAAAGCCAGGCGGAGGUCCAGUGUUGGCGUCCGGGGCUCCCCAGAGACAAAUUCUCUCAUCUGCUUCAUGGCACAACAGAAGAGGAAGACUCCACCGGCAUCCCAAACUCCAGAGCUUGUCAGAAGUAGCCCCUUCCUUCCCCGGGUCGCCUCCACGCUGAGGCAGAAGAUGGCUUCCUUCCAGAGCCUGAUGGAUGUGGAGGAGAAUGAUGCCUGUGAUCCGGUGCCAGCGCAGGACAGCAACACUGGAGGAUGCAUCAAGACAAGAGAUUAUCUGUCUGAUGGGAACAGCCAUGGUGGAGGGAAGGAGAACAACCCUCCAAUGACGCCUACACCCAGCAAGAGGAGGCGCACCAGCAGCCCCCCCGAAAGCUGCAGUGUGGAGAUUAGAGAGGCCAGCACGCCUACCCUCUCCUCCACUUUGAUGGAGCAGGAGGAUAAGGUCUUUGAACUCCAAAGCCUCAGCCGACCACCUCCUGAUGAUCCUGCAGCCGUUUCGCCACCGCAGCGUUCCUCCCCCUUCCGCAUCCCCUCACUCCCUUUGUUGCUGGAGAUGAAGCCCACAGCCUUUGAGGCUCGGUGCACAGUGGCUUGCUCCAGUAUUGUUUUCCCUUCGGUGGAGGAGAUUGGCUCUGCUGUGGCCAGUGAUACAGAAUGGGCGUGGGAUGCCCAGCCGUUGAAUUUAAACAGUGCCUUCUACGAGGAGUCUCUCUCUCAGCUUCUGACAGAGUCUGACACCAACCCCAGCACAACCUCCCAGAUGGAUGACCAGUCUGAGCCUGACUCCCUGCCAGAGAAGGAGAAGCAACCAGACGCUGGAGUUGGAGGUCCAACUGCAGCCCGAUCCAGCAACAGAAGGAGAAAGCCAGCACCAAAACAAGAACUUGGAAGCGAACCUCAAGCUUGCUCCAGCAGCCGAAAGAGGAAGCUGCCAGAAGAGAGUGAACCUGUGAAAAGGUCGGCACGGUCUGCUGCCAAGUUGGCCUCUGGGAAGAUGAAGACGACCUCCAGCACGACACGUCGAUGGAACAAGGACGUAGACCGCUCGCUGUACGGCUCGCGUGAAUAUGCCUCCAAGAACCCCGCCCUGAGUCCCAUCACCGAGAGGCUGUCCUUCAUCACUCAGUCUCCAACAGCACAGGAGACUCGUUCAAUCAGCUGUACGGCUCCAGAUCAGGAAACCCAGCUGAAUCCUGAGGUAACUAAUGAAACUCAAGUGAUACACGACCUCGCUGUGACAAAUGCCUCAGAAGCCACUGUAGAAGAUUCUGUCACAUCGCCCAGCUUGAGUGAAAAAAGUGCCGCCGGGCAGGACAGCAGGCUGUUGGGGGUGAGGGUCAGAGGAAGACGCCUGAAGAAAAGGAAGGUCAGUAUCCCUGACAGUCACCUGACCAGAGGAGAGACACAGCAGCAGCUCUAUGAAGAGCAAACCACUACAAGCCUUGAGCUAUCAACAAGAACCCCUUCUGUACAUGAAGAGAGACAAGAAGACACUGUAGAACUUUGUGCCCAGACCUCUGCAGAUACAUCCUGCACAGAGUCAGAAUGUCACGUGAGUGCACAUGUACCUACUUCAGACUGCCCGAACAACACCGAGCCAGCACAAGGGAAAGCCAAGCGCGGCAGGAGGAGCUCUGUAAGCAGCUCAGUGACAGCAGAGCAGGAGAACUGUGUAAAGAAGCACCAAACCAGCUGUGAAGAGGAGGAGGAGGAAAGACAGGGAGACCGAGCAGCAAGCUCACAGGAAAACAUCCAGUCAAGCUCUGAUAGCCAGGAAGAGGGGGAAACAGCUCAUGUGGACCUUGCUCCCUGGCAAGCUGACUUUAAUUUUGAGGAUGUGUUUAAACCAGUUUGCACUAGAGGGCAGCGCUCAGUGCGCCGCAGCCUGAGAAACCAGAGCAAAGCUGAGAACAGCAGCAGUGCAGGGCUCACCUGGCUGCCUCGUACUUCUCCCGAGUCCAGCAAAGAGACCCGCAGGAGGACCCGGGGCCGUCGGCUCAGUGCUGCUCUGCCCAGCCAGCCUUCACUCACUGAGGAGGCAGGAGAUGCCUCCUGAGACCAUUUAGCUAACUUAAUGAACUGAGAUUAAGAGGGAAUAAAAAAUACAUUGAUUACACCUCCACACGCCACUGAUUCCCCAAAAGAGGAGACUGAUUGUUUCACACUUAGCUAAAACAUUGAUUUUUUUUUUCUUUUGUUUCUUUCUCUGUGAAUUAUUAGAGAUGACCAGCAAUUUGUGAGUGGUUUCCCUCCAGUAACUAAGCUAGUCAAUAUGCUGAGAGCUCAAUCAUCUCUGCUGACCACCUAAUCAAUAUCGUGGCACUCAGCUGGUAAUCACAGUGCAUCUUCAGUCUGCCUCUACAAAGUCACUGGAUCAGGCAAUGAAGUCAAUAUCUGCUCCUGAGGCUGGAUGAAGAUGGCUGCGUCGCAUUCACCAAAUGUGUCAGCCAAAGGCAGGCGGCCUUUACACAGAGAACUUAAAUGAAUGUGCUCAAGUAAUUCUGCUCAAUUGUGAUUGGUGGUUGUUGUUUUUUUAAUGAUCUAAACAGUUGUGGUUAGUGAAAUGUCAAACUGUACCUUACAAGCAUCUGCUUCUAACUACAUAUAUUGCCUCCAUGUAAAGAUGGCACAUUAGAACAAACUGUGUUCAUUUAAAAGGAUGCUUUAGAUUCAUUUAGAGCAAAUUAAUCCAGAUAAUAAAGCAGCCGCUUGUCUCCACAAA